GUUGUAUGGACUGAAGAUUGCCAGAAAGCGUUCGACAGUAUCAAAGAGUACUUGUUAGAACCACCAAUAUUGAUUCCUCCAGUUGAAGGAAGACCAUUAAUCAUGUACCUUACCGUGUUAGAAGAAUCCAUGGGUUGUAUGCUUGGACAACAAGAUGAAACCGGUAAGAAGGAGCAUGCCAUCUAUUACUUGAGUAAGAAAUUCACAGACUGUGAGUCUCGUUACUCCAUGCUCGAAAAAACGUGUUGUGCUUUGGCUUGGGCUUCAAAACGUCUCCGCCAAUACAUGAUCAACAAUACUACUUGGUUAAUCUCCAAAAUGGAUCCGAUCAAGUACGUCUUUGAAAAGCCUGCCUUAACAGGAAGGAUUGCCCGAUGGCAAAUGCUGUUAUCCGAAUAUGACAUUGAAUACCGUGCUCAAAAAGCGGUCAAAGGAAGCAUUCUCGCCGAUCAUUUGGCGCAUCAACCAAUUAAUGAAUAUCAAUCUCUCAAGUUUGACUUUCCUGAUGAAGAUGUCUUAUACUUGAAGAUGAAAGAUUGUGACGAACCGUUACCUGAAGAAGGUCCUGAUCCUGGAUCAAGAUGGGGCCUAAUUUUUGAUGGAGCAGUAAACGCUUUUGGCAAUGGAAUUGGGGCAAUCAUCAUCACUCCCAAGGGUACUCAUAUCCCGUUCUCCGCCAGACUGCUAUUUGAUUGUACCAACAACAUCGCAGAAUAUGAAGCUUGUAUCAUGGGUCUCGAAGAAGCCAUUGACUUAAGGAUCAAGAUCCUCGACAUAUAUGGAGAUUCAGCCCUCGUGAUCAACCAAAUCAAAGACAAAUGGGAAACUUACCACCCUGGCUUGAUUCCUUACAGAGAUUAUGCAAGACGUCUGUUGACUUUCUUCAACAAAGUUGAGUUGCAUCAUAUACCUCGAGAUCAGAAUCGAAUGGCAGACGCCUUGGCUACUCUAUCUUCCAUGUUCAAAGUCAAUCAUUGGAACGAUAUGCCUACAGUCAGAAUCACGCGCCUUGAAAGGCCCGCUUAUGUGUUUGCAACUGAAGCAGUCAUCGAUGAUAAACCGUGGUUCCACGACAUCAAGCGCUUCCUUCAAACUCAAGAGUACCCGCUUGGGGCAUCAAACAAAGAUAAGAAAACUCUAAGGAGGCUUUCUGGCAGUUUCUUCGUGAAUGGAGAUGUGCUAUACAAAAGAAACUUCGACAUGGUUUUGCUCAGAUGUGUGGAUAGACACGAAAGACAACAACAACAAAGUCCCAAUUCAGCAACAACCACAGUUGCAAUAAAGGUUCAGAGACACAACAAUUAG